AUGUCGCUGUUAGAAGACAGCCGGCCGUUUGCGCAGCAGCUCUCCAAUGUCUACUUCACCAUACUUUCGCUCUUCUGCUUCAAGCUCUUUGUGAAGAUCAGCCUCGCCAUCCUCAGCCACUUCUACAUCGUCAAAGGCAACCGCAAGGAAGCGGCCAGGAUAGCAGCUGAGUUUUAUGGAGUCACCCAAGGCCAAGGUUCCUGGGCAGACCGGUCACCACUACAUGAAGCAGCAAGUCAAGGUCGUCUUCUUGCUCUGCGAACACUGCUCUCCCAGGGUUACAACGUAAAUGCAGUUACCAUAGACCACAUCACCCCGCUGCACGAAGCCUGCCUUGGAGACCAUGUGGCAUGUGCCAGAACUCUGCUGGAGGCUGGAGCUAAUGUAAACGCAAUCACGAUAGAUGGCGUGACUCCAUUAUUCAAUGCGUGCUCACAAGGCAGUGCCAGCUGUACAGAACUUCUUCUGGAAUACGGUGCCAAACCCCAGCUGGAGUCCUGUCUUCCUUCUCCCACACAUGAGGCCGCCAGCAAAGGCCAUCACGAGUGCCUAGAGAUACUGAUAUCCUGGGGCAUAGACGUUGACCAAGACAUUCCUCAUCUGGGAACUCCUCUGUACGUAGCUUGUAUGUCACAGCAGUUCCACUGCAUCCGGAAGCUUCUUUAUGCUGGUGCCGAUGUACAAAAAGGCAAAUACUGGGACACCCCACUGCAUGCAGCUGCCCAGCAGUCCAGUACGGAAGUUGUAAACUUACUGCUGGAAUUUGGAGCGGAUAUCAAUGCCAAAAAUACAGAGCUUCUUCGACCUGUAGAUGUAGCGACUUCCAGCAGUUUGGUGGAAAGAUUGUUGCUUCAACAUGAAGCUACUCCAAGCAGCCUUUGCCAACUUUGCCGACUCUGUAUCAGAAACUACAUAGGGAGGCCGAGAUUGCACCUCAUCCCCCAGCUCCAGCUGCCAACGUUGUUGCAGAAUUUCUUACAGUACCGAUAA